CAGCGCGUACACCGCAGAGAAGCUAAUCGGUUCCCAGACCUGAUUGGCUUAUUUAGAAAUUUUUCCGUUCCUUCGCAAUACCCAGUACCGUUCUUGGUGACGAAUUUGGGGAAGGAACACCUCGCGACCAACAGCUGCAGUCGUCGCACGCAUUCCACAAACCCGACCGCGGACGGAAGACAUCUUCCGUAUAAGUACAACGGGUCGCAUACACAGUUCAAAACAUUCAGUACAGCUUUCAGCAUGUCGACAGCAGAAAUUUCCGCCCAUGACCCUGAGCCGCAGCCAGUCCCCAAGGGAGAAGAAGCUGGAGACGAAUCGCAGGCGCAUUUGGAUGAGGGGAGGUUGAGGCAGUUCUUCAUUGGAUCCAUAGACCAAGGAACUACAAGUACCCGCUUCAUCAUUUUCGACGGUCUCGGUGAGCCCGUAGCUCAACAUCAGAUUGAGUUCACCCAGAAAUAUCCUCAGUCAGGAUGGCAUGAACAUGACCCAUGGGAGAUCAUCAAUUCCGUGGAACAAUGUAUCGAUAGGGCUACGAACAUCUUCCUCGACAACGGACACGAAAUCGAAGACAUCAAGGCUGUUGGCAUCACCAACCAGCGUGAAACAACAGUCGUCUGGGACAGCAAUAGUGGGCUGCCACUAUGCAAUGCGAUCGCUUGGCCAGAUACCAGAACCAAGGGAUUGGUCCGUGAGCUGAAAGAUCGCAAAGGCGCCGACGAGCUACUCCACAUGUGCGGACUUCCCCUGUCGACCUACCCGUCGUCAGUCAAGCUCCGGUGGCUGCUAGACCACAACGACGAUGUUCGCAAAGCAUACGACGAGAACCGAUUAUCCUUCGGCACUAUCGACUCAUGGAUAUUAUACAACCUUAAUGGCGGAAAGGAGGCCGGAAUUCACGUGACGGAUACUACCAAUGCAUCUAGAACCAUGUUCAUGAAUCUGCACACCGUUCAGUACGAUGACAAGCUCUUGGAAUUUUUCGGAAUCGACAAAAACAAGGUUAAGCUGCCAAAGAUCGUCCCGUCUUCUUCACCCGACGCUUUCGGAUACCUGCGAUCCGGUAUACUGGAAGGCGUUCGCAUCGCAGGGUGCUUAGGUGACCAGUCGUCAGCUUUGGUCGGUCAGCAGGGGUUUACGCCCGGCUCUGCCAAGAACACCUACGGUACCGGUUGCUUUCUGCUGUACAACGUGGGCGAAAAGCCGGUCAUUUCGUCGCACGGACUUCUGGCAACCGUCGCAUACGACUUUGGCGGAAAGCGGAAACCCGUGUACGCGCUCGAAGGCAGUAUCGCUGUAGCAGGCAGUGGUGUCAAGUUUCUCAUGAACAACAUGGGCUUCAUCACGCACUCGCACAAGAUCAGUGACUUAGCAGCGUCUGUGGAAGACAACGGUGGAUGUGUUUUCGUGACAGCCUUCAGUGGUCUGUUCGCUCCCUACUGGAUUGACGACGCCAAGGGCACUAUAUUCGGGAUCACCCAGUUCACCGAGCGGGGACAUAUCGCUCGUGCGACUUUGGAAGCGACUUGCUUCCAGACCAGGGCCAUUUUGGACGCCAUGGAGCUUGACAGUGGCCACAAGCUUAACAUGCUUGCAGUCGAUGGCGGCAUGAGUAACUCAAAUCUUUGCAUGCAGACGCAAGCGAAUAUCAUCGGCAUUCCCGUCGACCGUCCCGCUAUGCGAGAAACCACAGCCCUGGGCGCAGCCAUUGCAGCUGGAUUUGCGGUCGACGUAUGGAAAGAGUUUGACGAACUGAAGGAGAUUAACCAGAAAGACCGCAUGAUCUUCAAGCCAAAUGUUGACAAGGAGGUGGGCGAGAAGAUGUUCAAGAAGUGGGGAAGGGCAGUCGAGAUGUGCCGCGGCUGGCUAGAUGCCGGAGAGGCCAAUGGAGAGUUCUCAUGAUCUACACGUGUAAUGGAGCCUUAGAUAUCCACACCUCGCGCGAUAUUUUCCUCGCAUCGUCGUAUGGAGAGUAAUGAACUGUUUUCAACGAAUACACCCGCGCUUAGGCAUCCCGAUGAAGGGCACGUGUUCGGGCCGCUGCAUCUUCCAGUACCGUCUGUUAUUCGUUCUUCACACAGGGUUUAUGUCUUAGGUGGGCUGACGGCCUUCAAUACAUAUAAGACUCAGUGCUAUAGCCACA